AUGGCAUGGGCUAGGGAAGAAGCAGGGGACAGUCAGCUGGUGUCCGGUCGGGAACCAUCACCAUGCAUCAUCAGAGUGACUGUCAAGACCCCAAAGGACUGCCAAGAAUUUAUGUUGGCAGAAAAUAGCAGUGUCUACCAUUUUAAGAAGGAAAUCUCCAAACGCAUUCAUUGUGACACUGAUCGACUGGCACUCAUCUUCAAUGGAAAGAUACUCCGUGAUCAAGACAUAUUGAGCCAGCGUGGUAUCCUUGAUGGCGCUACAGUCCACUUGGUGGUGAGGACCCAUUCAAAAGGGUUAGCUGGUUCUAGAAUUCUGUCACGUCCCACAGGUCCCACCCAUCAUUCUGAACCAUCAGCUUCUGAGGGUGCUGGCACGCUAGCUAUGCUGGAUCAGCUGGCCCGAAGUUCACCUGGUCUAGCUAACUUCUUUGGCCAGCUGACUCAACUUCUGAUGGCUACACCUGAGUGUGCGGUACACUUCUUGGAAGACCCUCUAGUUCAAAGAUUGGCAACUGAGAAACCAGUCAAUGUCACUCAUGUUCCAGAAUCUUCAAAGCCCAAACAGAAACCUGAGUCAGCUUUUAAGCGUUUGGAAACCUUGAAGAACCCAGCCCAGAAACAGCCACUCCUCCAAGCAGAUAGGCAGAAGCUAGAGGCUUUGAAGCUAGUGCCUGGGGGUGACAAUGCUUUACGUCCAAUCUGCUCUGAUGUCCAGCAGUUCAUGAUCUCAAUACUGGCCUUAUUGGCUGCUUCCAAGGGCCAUAGCCUAGGUUUAGAAUCUUGCAGAGGGGAAGUCAAUACUCAGAACAGUGCUGACACCAACACAACCAUCCCCACUACCUCGGCACAUGCCAGGCCAUUGCUGCGAGAAGUCAGUGUAAGAAUGGACACCCAAGGUGUCAGGGGCAUGGCCUCAAAUCAGACCAAUUCAGGGUGCAGGGUUGGAAUGCAGGGUUUUUCUUCAAGUCAGGAUGCUUCCUCCCAGGAGAGUGAGCAUAUGGAGAAAGUCACUCAAACCAGUCAGCCAAAAUUCUCACCCUCUGCUUUGUGUCAAAUCUUGCAUGUCUUGCAACAAAAUCCAGCUUUAUUACACCAACCAGCAACUGGUAUCCCUCUGAGACAUCAUAUGCCACUACUUCCCAUCCUCACCAACCCUCGAGCAGUGCAGGCAUUGAUGCAAAUAGAACAUGGCUUACAGAUACUAUCCAGGGAGGUACCUGGACUGGCACCAAUCUUAUGUGAUCCAACUAGGAUAUGGGACCUGGCUAGACCACGGUGUGCUAGAGGCAUCCCUGAAGUUAGGAUUGGAAGACAAGGUUAUAGAGAAGACUCUGUGCAACCCACCUUGGUCAUUCUUCAUCUUUUGCACGUACUGGCCAAUUCUUAUUCCCAGGCUAUCCAAUCUUCACUUUCUUCUUCCCUGCUCACUGAAGGUCUCUAUCAGCAAGAACUAGAGCAGCUGAAGGCCCUGGGUUUUGCUAACCAUGAUGCCAAUCUUCAGGCCCUGAUGGCCACAGGUGGAGACAUCUAUGCUGCCAUUGAGAAGCUGUCGGGGGGUCCUACAGGCCUAAGUCAUUAAAACUGAUGUUCGCAUUGCACCACUCUGCAGAGAGGAAGGAAAAGGAAGGGUAAGGGAAGAGAAUUAGCUUAUUUUGGAAAUUCUUCCUACAUAGAUCAUGUGCAUAUUUGGACAAACACCAUGUCACUGCCCAAGCUGUUCUACAUUAAAGAUUGCUUG